AUGUGUAACAAAACCUUCUCGGGAAGUCGGAAAAAUCGUGGAAAAAGAAAAAAAAACGCCGCUUGGCCUAGGCGGAACCGAAGUUACUACCCUAUCUGUCCAACUCCUGAUUGUGGUUCACCGUCAUCAAGACUAUAAAAGCGACGCUUUCUUCGGAAAAAUCAGCCAUCUGACGCCUUCUGCUGAUAUGGACGUCGACACAAAAAUCAAGGUGCGUCUUUUUUCAACAUUGUUUCUCUUAAUUUGCGCCUCGGGGCUUAAGGAAGACGUCUGAGGUCCUUCACCACAAUGUGAAGGCUUAGGAUCUUCCUUAGGCUCUAAAGCGUCUGUUUUAUUUUUCAAUACUUUAUUUUUUUUUCCAUGCGAAGUGAGUGGUCAAGAUUAUACAAUAAAAUGUACAAUGAAGUGAUGAAUUUAAAAUUUGAAAAAAAAAACCCUUCAAUAGUUUCCAGGCCUUAAAUAAUUUUGAUGAAGAUCCAGUUUCAGGCCUACCGCCUCAUCGGAUACGCGGCCGUGACGCUUUCGGCGGUCGGCGUGCUGUCCGUGUGCGUCACGCUGCCGCUCGUCUACAGCUACGUGAGCAACCUGCGCAUGCAGAUGCACUCGGAGCUUCGUCUGUGCCGCGAAACCGUCCAGUCUGUCUACGCCUCGGCGGUCGCCAUGCCUCAGCUGGGGAGCCACAACAGAACCGCUCGUGAUGCUGGCUACGACGCCCCUGCCUACAAACCCGAUGCUGCCGUCGAGACUGGAGGAUCAUGUGAUGGCUGCUGCUUGCCUGGACCUGCUGGACCAGUCGGAGCUCCAGGAAAAGAUGGAAAACCCGGAAGACCAGGAGCUCCCGGAAGCCCAGGUCACCCAGGCCGUCCACCAAUGACUCCUUGCGAGCCGCUGACUCCACCACCUUGCCAGCCAUGUCCACCAGGACCACCAGGCCCUCCAGGACCCCCAGGACCACCAGGAGACAAUGGCGCUCCAGGCCAGCCAGGAAGCAAAGGACCAGAUGGUGCUCCUGGAUCUCCAGGAAGCAAAGGACCAAACGGAAACCCAGGAAAACCAGGAAGCAGCGGUCCUGUCGGGCCAACGGGUCCUUCCGGCCGCAACGACAGUCCCAAGCCAGGAAAUCCAGGUCUUCCUGGACGUCAAGGACCAGUCGGACCACGAGGACCAGUCGGAAAGCCAGGACAAGACGGAGCACCAGGACAGCCUGGCCAGAAGGGUCCAGACGGACAGCCUGGAAAUCCUGGACAAGAUGGAAGCCACGGACAGCCAGGUACUCCAGGCCAAGAAGGAAGCGGCGGCGAGAAAGGAAUCUGUCCAAAGUAAGUUCCAAGUAAGAAAAAAAUAUCCUAACUUAAACGAUCCCAGGUACUGUGCCAUCGACGGCGGAGUUUUCUUCGAAGACGGAUCUCGCCGCUAA